AUGUCUCCACUCUCUGGGAAAACCACGCGGAAACCCGCCAACCCGCCAACAAACGAUGCCGAAUCGUUACAGGAUCCUACCGUCUCGUCCAGUUUCAACGCGGUAUCAGAAGAAGAUGCAGCUCAUAAGUCAGACGACUGUGUAUCUUCAAGUGGUACUAUAGGCCAGUUUUCGUUUGCUCCGGCCACCCAGACAACCGUCGUGACGACCACGACGACUACGACGACCAAGUUUCCGCCAUUUGUGAUGAGACCUCCUCGGUUUGCUGGACAGCUGGACCCAAAGGUCUAUCCCCUAGCUUCCAUGCCGACCCCAGCACCGCUUCGAGAUAUCCGCUUUAUCCUAAAUGGAAAAUCGGUUAUUUUUCGAGAAGCCGACGAUGUUUCUGGCAUCCUGAGUAAAUUCAACGAGCAGCAGGAAACUUUGAGAUCGUCUGGAGCAAUUCAUUCAAUGCUUCGCAAUUCACCAGAAAACAACCCAACAGGUGCCACGAAUUCUAAACUUCUAGUUCGAAGUCAACCCUCGAGAUCAUCAGACAUACAGCCACGACCUCCUUUUCCGCAGUCACGCCCUACCUCUAAUUCUACCAAACAGCCACACUCAACCACCCAUUCUACCUCUGAAGAACAAGCACAACAAGCCGGCCCUGUACAACCGGCUUUACCACGACGCUAUGAAUUACCCCAGCGAGAUGUAGGCCUAGCAACCCCAGAAACAGAAAAUACAGGCUUCUUACUUUGUAAUAAGGGUAAACGAAAUCAACGAGCCCGCUCAAUGCUAGGAAAGCAAUACCCAGAAGAGCCGCCUAGUGUCGACCGUCAGCAGCCAAAUGUUUCUGGAAUAGUCAGCCCUCUGGUACCUUCAGAUAAGGAGAGCAAUGGAGAUAGCUGUGGAGAUGGUUUAGAAAGAUCUCCACUUCUGGAGAAACAGAAUAAUAUGACUACUGCCCAGGCCGCGGGUCGCUCUGGAAAUACACAGCCAAAUAACGAUUCAACGGAUUGCAACUUACGAAAGACUACGAAAAUGAAGUUACAGAUGAAAUCGCGACGUAACAAACAAACGUUACUUGGAUUAGAGCCCUCCAAUUCACAAAAUAUGUGUCUGCCAAGCCCCAGCCUCUCGCCAAUAGCCCUUAUGAAUGCGCAACAAUUGGAAGAAGCCUCAGACUCCAUAGAAGAUAGGGAUGCAGAUUCUAGCCUAGACGAGCUGCCGAAACCUAGUAGUAGAGGAAGUCGCGCGAAAAAGGCUAAGAAGAUAAUGGACUACAGCAAGAGGAUUGCUGCUAGGGGUCGAGUGCCAUUGUCGCCCAAUUCGUCAUUGCUGGAUAUGCCUAACAUGUUAAGUUCCUUCGAAUCGAUACCGGAUGAACUCAAGUCAUACAUGAUGUAUCAGUUUCUCCGCAGAUGCCCGAAAUCGACACUUCACCUUGUCGCAAAUGUUGUCAACCCCGCGUUAAAAUGCGACUUCCUAUCUAACCUACCAUUAGAGCUUGGUCUAAAUAUUGUGAAAUAUCUUGAUGUGAAAUCAAUGUGUCGUGCCUCUCAGGUCUGCCGAAAAUGGAGGCAUAUCAUCAAUUCCGACGAAAAGACAUGGAAGGCACACUUCGUUGCUGAUGGGUUUGUCCUCCCCGCUGGGGAAUUACAGCAAGCUAUCGAACAAGGCUGGGGAUGGCAGUUUUCUAUGUCACCUAGUGAUGGCGAAAAGGACCUCCGUGCCCAAUCUUUCAAGUCGUCUGAUAGUGAAUAUUCCUCGUCAAGUGCAUGGAAUCCUGAUGUGACAGACUCCAAGCUAGCAACUCUCCCAACGCCGUUUUCUCCAUCACCUCGCCGACUGAAGCGCAAGGCCACGACCCAUUUGAACGGUAGAAGAGCUACCAAACGUGCAGAAACAGUUCUCCCAUCACCAGUGGAUGAUAAGGCCACUCCAUGGUUGCAGCAACAACUUACUGCAAGUGAGAACCCGUUCAUUGCUGCUAAUGCAGCCGCUAUGGCUCUGCCGUACCCCGAUUUUGGGUUGCCUUCCUUGAAGAGUCUACAUCUCUAUAAGACUCUUUAUCAAAGGCAUUAUUCCAUAAAGCAUAACUGGAUGCGAGAAGAUGCUAAACCGUUACACCUCGCAUUUCGCGCCCACGAUCGCCAUGUCGUUACCUGUUUGCAGUUUGAUACAGAUAAAAUCUUGACUGGAAGUGACGACACAAACAUCAACGUGUAUAACACCAAGACUGGGGCUCUACAAUCAACACUCCAGGGACAUGAGGGUGGUGUCUGGGCAUUAGAAUAUUAUGGUAACACUCUUGUUUCAGGUUCGACAGAUAGGUCCGUUCGAGUCUGGGAUAUCAAGGCAGCAAAAUGCACACAAAUUUUCCAUGGGCAUACAUCUACAGUCAGGUGCUUGCAAAUUCUAUUACCUGUUGAGGUUGGAACGCUUCCGGAUGGCACCCCAGAGAUGAUGCCCAAGGAACCGUUGAUUAUCACCGGGUCACGCGACUCCACCCUUCGAGUUUGGAGACUCCCAAAACCCGAUGAUCCAACGUAUUUUCAGGCUGGGCCUGCGCAGGAUGAUGGUGCUUGCCCUUACUUCAUUAGAGUGAUGGUAGGGCACACACAUUCAGUCCGGGCCAUUGCUGCACAUGGCGAUACCCUCGUUAGUGGAAGUUAUGACUGCACAGUUAGGGUUUGGAAAAUAUCCACAGGUGAGGCUGUUCAUUGCCUACAAGGCCAUAGUUUCAAAGUCUACAGUGUAGUUCUAGAUCAUCAGAGAAACCGCUGUAUCAGCGGCUCGAUGGAUCAUAUGGUUAAAAUUUGGUCUCUUGACACCGGGGCCGUUCUCUAUAACCUGGAAGGGCACACGUCUCUUGUUGGGCUUCUCGACUUGAAUGCCGGGCGUCUCGUCUCGGCCGCAGCAGACUAUACCCUUCGAAUUUGGGACCCUGAAAAUGGCCAGUGUAAGAACACGUUAACCGCACAUACGAAUGCCAUAACUUGCUUCCAGCACGAUUCCCAGAAAGUUAUUUCCGGCUCUGACAGGACACUGAAAAUGUGGAACGUGAGAACUGGGGAGUGUUUGAAGGACCUUCUCACUGAUCUCAGCGGCGUCUGGCAGGUCCUUGAUUUCGGUGCAUACCGUGAUGGCACGCCCCCUCAUAAACUUGGCCAGCGAAUAGUGGUUGAUCAAAAUGGCGAAGAAAUUAACGACGAUCCCAAACCUCCUGUUGACGAGGAAGCAUCAGAUGCCUAG